AUGCCGAAUAAAAUAUCCCCAACAUGUCCCUUUUGCGCCAUCGCAACUGCACACCCACCUCUCCCACCAUCGUCAGCGUUACAAACAAUCCCUCAACAGCACGACAACUCUUACCCCGGAAGUAGUUCAAGAUCACAUGCAUUUUUGGUGCUAUCGACGAAAUAUGUCCUCGCCUUUUUGGACAUUAUGCCGUUGUCAAAGGGGCAUAUUUUAGUUACGACGAGGGAGCAUUAUGAGAAGGUUGGCGAGUUGGGGGUGAGGAUUGGGGAGGAGUUGGGUAGAUGGCUACCGAUUGUUUCGCGAGUAGGUAUGCGCGUCAUUUUUGGCCAGAGCAGUGCGGUGGAAGAACAUCAUUGGAAUCUUGUACAGAACAACGGCGAAAGAGCAGCCCAGGUAGUCCCUCAUGUACACUUCCACAUCAUCCCCCGCCCACCACUCGUCUCUGCAGAUGCCAUGGCCCAAUCGCCCGGUUGGACGAUGUUUGGUCGUGGCCGAAGAGAGGAUUUGGAUGAUGAUGAAGGUGAGGAGUUGGCGAAGUUGUUGAGGGAGGAGCUGGCGAGGGAGGUGAAGAGGGUUAAGCAGGAGGAAGGGAUUGAUUUGGAUGUUGAGAGGGAUUAUAGAUUAUGA